AUGGACUUCAGUAAAGGGUUCCGUCAUCCAUUCUCACCCGUCCGCUUCGAGUGGGAUGAUCAUUUCUCCGAGCGUCAGGUCACAUCCUAUGUUGCGGAAGACAUCAGACUGGAGCUUGAACCUACAGAGACGAUUACAACCGCGUUCCUCGAUGUCCGCUCCAGGCCUCUGGACCCGGUCGAUUUCAACUUCAAAAGACUGGCGGACUUCCUGGACACGAGUGACAUUCGAAACUUGAGAAAUCCGAAUGUUCCCGCCCAAGGUGUUCUGGCACUCCUCGACGACCGCCGGGACCCGUGCGGUCUAGAUGAAGGACAACCUGGCCAACCACCCACCAGCAACGGGCAGACACGAAAUUGGGUCUCGGAACAGUACACGCGCUUUCCGACCCCGGGCGUGGACAGCUACCGUCGGGCGUUGGAUGAGCGCGGCUUGCACGAUAGGCUGCGCAUCAAUAAUAAAAGCCCACGAGACUUCACCAUGGAGUUCCAUUUACCUUACUGCGCGCUACGCAGAGCAGAUGCCUCGUUCGAUCCCCGAAACUUUGAUCCGCGAGGACUCCGCCGCGCAUACCCCAUGCUUCCAAACUACAAACAGCCGCAGGAUCAGCUGUAUUACUAUGACGCGCAGAUCUCCGUGCUCGUCACCGGAGUGGACGAGUGGUACUGGACCGCAUAUUGCUGUGUCGACACCUUUUCGAAAGAACCCGAGAAGGUCGAAACUUACAUGCGCCACAAAAGCGACGGGCCAAGUGCAGGGGGGGGCGCCGAACAUUAUCCAUUGUGGAACCCGCGCGAGUAUUUCCUUCUCGUGCUCUCUCGGCGUUGCACACAGGUUGCUCGUGAGUGGGAAGCCGUCAUCAAUGACCUGAUCGCGCGCCUGGACACUUAUGAGACCGCCUAUUACAAGUCCAUGGCUGGAGAUGGAAAUGAUUUCUUCGACGAUGCCCAGCUUGGGCGUACCAAAUCGUACACAAACGCCGUGUAUAUCAUGAGAAAGUUCAACGAUACCCUCAGCCUCAGUCUGGACACGUUUCAAGAUUUCCAGCAAGGCGAACUGUUGUACUUCGACACGGGGAACAAACAGCACGACGAGGCGUGGAAGCGGUACUUUGACACCAUCUACGAAGACCUCGCCAGCAUGCGCUACCUCCAGAGAGUCUUGCUCCAGAAGAUUCAGACCUUUGAUCGUAUGAAAGACGAUGUGUGUACUUGA